AUGGCGGGCGAGAAGAAGGCCGCGGACAAGAAGGCGGCCGAGGCCAAGCCCGCCGAGAAGAAGGGAAGCCAGAAGAAGCUGCGCGAGAAGGCGAGGAAGCCCAAGAAGCACCAUGCGAGCCGCAACCCCGUGCUGGCGCGCGGCAUCGGGCGCUACUCCCGCUCCGCCAUGUAUGCCCGGAAAGCCAUGUACAAGCGCAAGUACACCGCUCCGGAGACGAAGAUAGAGAAGAAAAAGAAGGAGAAGCCACCUGCAACCAUCACCAAGCCAGUGGGUGGGGAUAAGAACGGAGGCAGCCGUGUGGUUAAAGUCCGCAAAAUGCCAAGAUACUACCCAACUGAGGACGUCCCUCGCAAGCUCUUGAGCCAUGGCAAAAAGCCCUUCUCCCAGCACAAGAGGAAGCUGCGCGCCUCUAUUACUCCAGGAACUGUCCUCAUCCUUCUCACGGGCCGUCACAGGGGCAAGCGUGUGGUCUUCUUGAAGCAGCUCGCUACUGGCCUGUUGCUUGUUACAGGACCCUUGGCUAUCAACCGUGUCCCUCUGCGUAGGGCCCAUCAGAAAUUUGUUAUUGCUACAUCUACCAAGGUUGAUAUCAACGGAGUGAGAAUUCCCAAGCAUCUUACUGAUGCGUACUUCAAGAAGAAGAGGCUGCGUAAGCCCAAGCACCAGGAAGGCGAGAUCUUUGACACUGAAAAAGAAAAAUAUGAGAUAACGGAGCAACGCAAGUCAGACCAGAAGGCAGUGGAUACGCAGAUCCUGGCAAGAAUCAAGAAGGUUCCUCAGCUCCGUGGGUACCUGCGGUCCACGUUCUCUCUCUCAAAUGGAGUUUAUCCUCACAAAUUGGUGUUCUAACUGUUUUCAAAACACCACAUUAAAUUUGAGGGGAAAAACACAA